AUGGGUAGCAGUUCUUCUAGGCAACAAGGUCCGAGUCGAUCACAGUCCUUGGUUUUAUACGACAACAAAAAAGCAAGCGAAGCCGUUGAGCAUGUCAGAAGCGAUUUUGUCGAUCCACGUAGUUUGGUGGACAAACUUCGUCCCGGAGACAUGAUUCAAGUGAAAGGAAACAUGGUCCAUCAGUGGUUCUACAGCCAUUUUGCGAUUUUCAUUGGUAAUGGCGAGAUAGUCCACGUUGAUUCUUCCGACAGUAUGUUAAAAAAAUGCGAUGUCGUAAGAAUACACAUGGUGGACGCGUUGAAAGGCAAACUGGUCAGGAAGAACAACCAUUUGGAUAACGCUGAUGGUUUUCGCGACAAGAUUCAAUCGCCUGGCCAAAUUGUGAAAACAGCGAGAGGUUGGGUUGGCAAGUUUUGGGAUUACAACUUCUACACCAACAACUGUGAGCAUUUUGUUACACUGUGUCGAUACGGCCGCCCGAUUAGUCUUCAAUCUAGUGGCAUCGGUGACUUGAUGUCUGGGAAGAUUACCACCAAGGAGUUUGUGGAUCACAGUGUGUACAGCAUCAAGGAGAAAGCGAGUACUUUGUGUGCCUGGAUCAAGCGUAAAGCGAGAGGCUUGUGGGAUGGGAUUGAGUAAGUAGAUAUUAAAUAAUUUUGGUUUAGUUUGCCCACUUUUAUUUCCAGGGCGUUGAAACAUGACGGUAAAAUUAUUAGUAAACAAUUAAAGUUCUCUCAUGAGAAACAUGAACAUUGAAGUUUUGCGUUAAUCUAAAUGUGACUGUACGUGACUGUACGUAUCAUGAUAUUAAAUCCAGCUUAAUUUCUAAUAUUUAACACAUUGAUGUAAAAAGCUUCAUCGCAGACAAAAUCGUCUUGCGCAUUUGAAUUUUUCGCAACAAACAUCGAGAGAAGCAUGCGCACGAAAAAUUAUAUGGCUCAUGCGCAGCGAUAAAAAUCACUCUGGUGAGGUGUAUCUGUAAUAGAAUGGCAAAGCAUGUAUAGGCUACAAAAGUAACAACAUAUGAUUAAGCACUUGAGGCCACAAGGUUUUCUCAGAAAACGAAGAGUUUUCCUGUUAAUUGUGUCGCUUUCGCUUUCUGUAUUGUGAUAAUCAAGCAUGUGGUGCUUCCACUUUUUCAAAGAACGUCCUGGAAAAGUUUGCAGAAGGUGAAACCACAGAAACUGUAUAAUACUAUUUUUGUUAUGAUCGAUUAUUUUUAAGCAUAUCACGACCCAAUUAUCCAAAGUAGUCACUAUAUGCACGCAGUAAACACGUCUACAUCCUCACAUACAGUAUUAUAUGCAUGAUAGUUGGAUUUUGUUUUAGCCGAAUCUUAUGGAUUUAAUUGUCGACUCAGAAUGGAUUAUGUAAUUUAUGUUGAAUUAGUAAUGAUCGACUGGGACCAAUAUAGUUGUUCGGCGCAACAUGCAUGCAUUUCUAUAUAUGAACUCAUCAGAAUGUUUGUCGUUGCAUUAAUUCGCGAGAGCUUUACAGUUUGUAAAAUAGAGUAAUUAUAAUAAGUCAAUUACGACUAUGAGCAAUAGAAGUGUCCUUUAAUUAUUUAGCUUUCUGCAGUCCAAAAUUUCGGAAACUAAUUUCGAACAAAUACAGGCUGCGAGCAGUAGGCCUUUAUAGAUUGUGCUCGGCAACUUAUGAGCAAGUUUUGGAGUUUUAUGCAACAGACUUUUUGCCUUUCGAGCAACUUCGAGCGACUUUUACUGUGCGGGGCAACUUUUGACUGUUUAUAAGCACCAAAUGAGCAACUUUCAACCUUUUUAAGCAUAGAAUGAACAUUUGGGGAAAUAAAAGGAUUAAAUCAAACAUUUAAUUUAAUGAAAUAAAAAAUUUGCAAAUAAAGAAUGUCGUAUAUAGCCGUAGAGAUCAUUGUUAAUUUGUACCCAUGAAUGCUAUUGGACAAUGGACAGCAUGCAGUAAUUAUUUAAAGAUGCCUGCGAACAACAAUUGAAAUUUACAGUAGAAAUUCGAUGAGACCUAUGGUCAGAUGGUAGACAUGUAUAGCCGCCAUUUUGCUUCAAAAUGUCGAUAAGGUCUCGUUUAAUUUUGUCUGAUACACCCUGUAUAAAGGUGCAACCGUUCCGUACGUUGUAACCAAUAAUCUAUUGGCGUUGUAAUGCCAUUGUAUGCAAUAAAGUAUUGGGUUGUAACUGAAGGCAAAACCACAAUCAUUAGACAAAAUUUUGGUUAUAAAUGUAAUUGGCUUAGCUUGGUGGAUGUUGGGGAGGCAGGAGGGCGUAUAUUCCCCGGAGGGGUAGCGGGCCACCGGCUUUCGGCUUUAGGGUUAGGGGGUGGGGUUAGAGGUUAGGGGUUAGGGUUUGGAUUAGGAUUAACGUUUGGAUUAAACGUAUACCCAUUACAACCCAAUACUUUAUUGCAUAUAAUGGCAUUACAACGCCAAUAGAUUAUUGGUUACAACGUGCGGAACGGCUGAUAAAGGGCACAUAUCACAAAGAGACAUUGUAUGAUAGCACAGACAUAUAUAGUCACAUAUAGCUCUGUGAAAUAGAUUCGAACUAGUAUUAAUUAAUGGGCACUGAUCUUAUUUAACCUCUUUUAAUAUUAUGUUCUAUUACUAUGACUCUAGCCUAGCGAACAGGCUACAAAUGAUCAUAACCUGUGAUUUGUUGGGGUGUACAGACGGAUAAGAUUAACAAUUGUUUAUUGUAAUUCUUGGGUUUUUGCUUUCCAGACUACGGAUUGAACGCUAUCCAGCUCUGGAAGGAUAGUUGAACAUCUCUGACGCAAUAAACAUUCUUCAACAUCAUGGACAAUAAACUGAUUAACACAUGAAUUGAUCGCAGUUGGUAAAUUUGAUUUCGU